AAUUCAACAGAGGUCCAGCCAGUUGGUUCUUGUAUUCUCACAUUUAGUGAAAUGGUGAUAAGCUGAGUGCACUCAAUAUAAGUGAUUGUAGUAUAGAGACAUCUGUGUCUGGACGGUCCAGUCACUGGUUAAUCAGUAUGCCUUGCUACCAUUACACCAUAAAGACAAAAGAACACUCCAGGCAGCCCAGAGGAAAGGUUAUUGAAACGUUGAAGUCAGAGGAUGCAUACAACAAAAGUUCCAAAGUACUAAAUAUCCCCCUGAGUUCUAUUAAAUCUGGCACCAAGAACCGGAGGAAUAUGGCACAUUUGUAAAUGUGCCUAGAUCAGGCCGUCCUCACAAACUGAGUAACCGUGCAAGAAGGAGACUAGUGAGAGAGGCCACCAAGACACCUGUGACUAGUCUGAAGGAGUUACAAGCUUCAACAGCUGAGAUGGGAGAGGCUACAUAAAUCCAAAUAAUAUUGACAGAUUGAUUUAUAAAAUCAAUAAAAGGAUGAAACAUCCAAGGUGGUGAAUACUUUUUUAUAGGCACUGUAUUCUUUGAUUAUUAUAUUCCAUCUUGGCCACGUUAUUUACAUUCAGAAUAUUCAUCUUAAUCAUUGAAAGUAAUUGCAGACGUAGCCCUAUAUUUAAUGCUCACCUAUAAUAACUGUAUCUUGAGGCCCACUGGAACACAAAGCCCCAGGCAAUUGCCCACCUUUGCCUGAUGGUAAACCACCUAUGAGGAUACAGCAAGAUGGGAUAGACUUAGUGUCUCCAUUGUUAUUUGUCUUGGUGGCUAAGUGAUGCACACAUUGCUCUUUAAAUACAAACAACAGAAACAAGCACAAAGCACAUGAUAAGGAGAAGCAGCAGUGCACAUAUCAACAUGAAACACAACUUAAAGAGAGAUGAAUCAUAAGAUCAUAGUUUCAACUUUUUACUCAUAUUUAUGACUUAUAACCCCCAAGUUUUAGGCCUUUUUUAAACCUUUGUUCCUCAUUUUAUAAUCUACAUAUUUAGACUUUUCCCAUACUUUUGUCAUUGUAUCCUUUUAUAAUAAGCUUGAAUUCAAAAGUCACAAUUAUGACUUUUUUUCCUCUUUUAUCCUGCCGUAAUAAUAUAAGAAAUGUGACUUUUCCUCACAUUUUUAAUUAACAUUAUAUGCGUUUAACAUGAUGGCUCUGUGUUUCUUCAACGUCGACAACGGACUUCAGAUGCGGAAGCAGGCGACCUUUUAAAAAAAAAGGGAGUUUUUUUCUGAUGUCAGUACACCCACUGAACCUGCUGUGUAUCAGGUAUGUGGCUGUAGUCCACCAUCUAGUGGUAAAUCCACCGGACUCCAUUAUUUCCCCCUACAUCAGACUUCUGUUUCAAGUGAACAGACCUGUUGCAUUUAUUCCUGAUAUCUGCUCAGGUAAAGCCGGUGAUGAUUCAAUUAACUCUUAAGAUGAAGUUUGAGAGACAUCAGCCAUUCAUAGUGACCUACUUCAAGUGAGUCAUAUCUCCGCAGCCAACCAUGGAAUAUGAUUGGGAUUAUUUCCAUGCCUGCUCGCUUCAGUCCCCAUGCCUGUUUACGUUCAUGUGAGCUACACUCCGCUGGCUGACAGCCACCCCGCGGUAUUUAUAGUCAAACAGCGGCAACCAGCACCCAAGGAAUCCUCGCGAAAUCCUCCUCAAACCUCUAAACUUGGACUGAGUGAGAGGCAGAGAGGAGGGCUGGUUUUAGGAUCCACACCUGAACGAGACUCGCUGACGAUGAAGGAGCGCGUGGCACCUCAAGCAUUAUGGUGAAACCCUCCACUCCAGUCUUCUGUAGAGAUGCACCGCAGUUCAGACCAGUCCCUCACUCGCUCCCUCACACCAAACCUCCACUUUCCAUCCAGCUAUGGUCCAGGAGGACAGGCCCAUGUCCAGUCUUCCCUGUCCCUCCCCGAGCCUGAGGCCUGGAGGAAGCCCAGCCCUGCUGCCCGUCAUGGCCUGGCCCAAGGAGCCCGCUCGUGCUCCCUGCAGGUCCCUCAAGCCACCCCAGAAUACCUGGGGCUGCCUCCUCGAGCAGCCAGCGUUGACGUCCCGUGUUGUCAGGAUGAGUUCUCGUCAGAUCAGGGUUCAGGGUCUCUGAGCCCACAUGGCAUGCUGCGGAGGAGAGGGGGGCUCGUGGAGCAGAAGGAUAUCAUCAUGGCUCACCAGGCUCACAAAAUCCAGAGCACACCGCAGGCCCGCAGGAAGGAGUGGGAAAUGGCUCGCUUUGGAGACGAGUCCGCUCCCACCACAGUGGACUCCGGGGAUGGGGACGUGGAGCGCGGCGGGGACGCACAGGACCCGGCGGCGGCAGCAAUGACUGCCUCCAUGAAACAAGCCAAGGCGCAGCGGGCCCGGACCAUGGCUCUGUACAACCCCGUCCCCCACCAGCAGAACUGCCUCACCGUCAACAGGUCGCUGUUCAUCUUCGCAGAGGACAACAUCAUUAGGAAAUACGCACGGAGAAUCAUCGAGUGGCCACCUUUCGAGUACAUGAUCCUGGCUACCAUCACCGCCAACUGUGUCGUCCUGGCCUUGGAGCAGCACCUCCCUGGAGAGGAUAAAACCCCCAUGGCAAAGAGACUGGAGAAGACGGAGCCUUACUUCAUUGGGAUCUUCUGCUUCGAGGCGGGGAUCAAGCUGGUGGCUCUUGGUUUUGUUUUCCAUAAAGGCUCGUACCUGAGGAACGGCUGGAACGUCAUGGACUUUAUAGUCGUUCUUAGCGGGAUCCUCGCCACUGCAGGCGCCCACAUGAACAUCCCAGUCGACCUUCGGACCCUGAGGGCUGUGCGAGUGCUGAGACCGCUCAAACUCGUCUCUGGGAUCCCCAGCCUGCAGAUUGUGCUGAAGUCCAUCAUGAAGGCCAUGAUCCCGCUUCUCCAGAUCGGCCUCCUCUUGUUCUUCGCCAUCCUCAUGUUCGCCAUCAUCGGUCUAGAGUUCUACAGCGGGAAGCUUCACCACACCUGCCUGCCAUCUGUCGACAUCCUCGACAAUGAGACUGUGGACUCAUCAGAGCUGGCGUUUGCCUGCGGCGUGAGAAAGUGUCCUAUGGGUUACGACUGCAAUGACACCUGGAUCGGACCUAAUGAUGGCAUCACGCAGUUCGACAACAUCCUGUUUGCUGUACUCACCGUCUUCCAAUGUAUAACCAUGGAGGGCUGGACGGCUGUUCUCUAUAAUACCAACGAUGCCUUGGGUCCCACAUGGAACUGGAUUUACUUCAUCCCCCUCAUCAUUAUCGGCUCGUUCUUUGUGCUGAACCUGGUUCUUGGUGUGUUGUCUGGAGAGUUUGCCAAAGAGAGGGAGCGGGUGGAGAACAGGCGAGCCUUUAUGAAGCUCCGUCGCCAGCAGCAGGUGGAGCGAGAACUUAAUGGCUACAGAGCCUGGAUAGACAGGGCAGAGGAGGUGAUGCUGGCAGAGGAGAACAAGAAUUCAGGUAGAUCGGCGUUAGAUGUGCUGAAGAGAGCGAGUAAGAAGACAGGUGCGCGGAGAGGAGCUCCAGGGGACGAAAAGUUCACAGACACAUCUACUGCCAGUAUGUCACGAUCCAGGAUGAACUUCCGCAGUGGCCGGCGUGGUCCAGCUGCUUACCUGCGGCGUAAAGAGCGAAUGUUACGGAUCUCCAUCCGCCGCAUGGUGAAGACAGACACUUUCUAUCUGAUGGUGCUCAGUCUCGUGGCUCUCAACACCAUCUGUGUGGCAAUCGUCCACCACAACCAGCCUGACUGGCUGACCAUCUUCCUCUACUAUGCAGAGUUUGUUUUCCUGGGGCUGUUUUUGGCUGAGAUGUUUCUGAAAAUGUACGGUCUGGGUUUUCGGCUCUACUUUCACUCAUCUUUCAACUGUUUCGACUGUGGGGUUAUUGUUGGCAGCAUCUUUGAGGUGGUUUGGGGUUUCUUCAGGCCUGGCACAUCCUUUGGGAUCAGCGUACUGCGAGCCCUGAGACUCCUGAGGAUUUUCAAGAUCACAAAAUACUGGGCUUCCCUCAGGAACCUGGUUGUGUCCCUCAUGAGCUCCAUGAAGUCCAUCAUCAGCCUGCUGUUCCUGCUCUUUCUCUUCAUUGUGGUGUUCGCUCUGCUGGGGAUGCAGCUUUUUGGAGGAAGGUUCAUCUUUGAAGAUUACACUCCCACCAACUUUGACACAUUUCCAGCUGCCAUCAUGACAGUGUUUCAGAUUUUGACUGGUGAAGACUGGAAUGAGGUGAUGUAUAACGGGAUUCGAUCACAGGGUGGAGUACAGUAUGGCAUGUGGUCAUCCAUCUACUUCAUAGUCCUCACCUUGUUUGGAAACUACACUCUUCUGAACGUCUUCUUGGCCAUCGCUGUGGAUAACCUCGCCAACGCACAGGAACUGACAAAGGAUGAAGAGGAGGAAGAGGAGUUUUUCAACCAGAGAUAUGCUAGAGGAAGAGAUGGCCUGAUUUCUGAUGGGAGGAGAAGACCCUACCUAUACAGGAAACGUGCCAUCCACCGAGGACGGCCAAACUUCCCAGAAGAGCCCGAUGGUGCGCCAGGAGCUGCAGAUGAACAGCCGCUCAAUGGUGCCAAACCUUUCUCCAACCGUCGCGAGAGGAGGAGGAAGGUCAAUAUGUCGGUGUGGGAGCAGAGAGCCAACCAGCUCCGCAAGCGUCGCCAGAUGGCAAGCAGAGAGGAGCUGUUUGGAAGCCCAACAGAGGAUACAAUCGAAACCCCCACUAUCCCCCAUCACACCACUGCCAUCUCCCCAGAGGCAAGCCCGGCUCACCUACCUGAAUCCCCCAUGUCUGUGGGGAUGCCCCUUCCUGAGCCCCCCAUGUCCAUCUCAAUCCCCAUGCCCGAGCCCCCAGCAGCUGAACCCCUGGUCAACCUGAACGAGGAGAAAACAGGAGGAGGAAACCACCGGGUUGCAGGUGGGGGCAGGCACAGGAUGGCCCGCAAGUUCAGACCCAGUCAGGGGCCAGACGAAGGAGCGAGACACAGACGCCACCGUCAUAGAGAAGCACGCACAGAAGCAAAAAGUCUGGACUGUUCUCAAACGCCACACGAGGUGCUACAUGUGAGACGGUCACUCAGCCAGGAGAGAAAGACUCUGGAUGAGAGGGAGGAGAAGGAGGAGAGGGACGAGGUGGACGGAGGAACAGUCCAAGACGACUGCGGGACAACCAUCAUCAACCCGUAUGCAGAAGUUGGAGAAGACUGUAGAAGAUCUACCUUGCCUGGUGCCAACAUCCCUGACCCCCCUCAGUGUGAGCAGCUGAUGGACUGUUCCUGGUCCGAACAGGGUGAGGGUAGACACUCAGACCAGUACCAGGGCCAAAACAUGCCUGUGGAAUCGGCCUUAGAAGCCACAGAGUACACUGUGAGGACCAUCGAGUCAGAGAGCCGCUCCACCUCCCUCAAACGUAACAAGUCCAACCUGGAGGGAAGCAUCGCCAUUGAAAUGUCUGCACAGCCUCUGCUGGAGCUGACACCCAUGACAGUGAACAAUAAAGAGUUGGAGGCAUACAGCUCUGACCAAAAAGAUGAUGAAACAGAGGAGGAAGAACCGCCGAUUCCUCCAAAACGUGUAGCUCCAGACAGCAUGUUCAUCUUCAAGGCCUCCAAUCCGAUCAGGAGGAUAUGUCACUAUGUGGUGACUCUGCGAUACUUUGAGAUGACCAUCCUACUCGUGAUUGUGGCCAGCAGCAUCGCACUGGCUGCUGAGGAUCCUGUGUGCACAAAUUCAGACAGAAACAAGGUUCUACGAUAUUUUGAUUACGUCUUCACUGGAGUUUUCACCUUUGAAAUGAUCAUCAAGAUGAUCGACCAGGGUCUCAUUCUACACGACGGCUCUUAUUUCCGAGACAUGUGGAACAUCCUGGACUUCAUCGUGGUGGUGGGAGCUCUCAUUGCCUUUGCUCUAACGAAUGUGAUGGGAAACAACAAAGGCAGAGACAUCAAAACAAUAAAAUCACUCAGAGUUUUGAGAGUCCUGCGGCCUCUGAAAACCAUCAAGAGGCUUCCUAAACUCAAGGCCGUCUUUGACUGUGUGGUCACAUCUCUGAAGAAUGUCUUCAACAUCCUCAUCGUGUACCAGCUCUUUAUGUUCAUUUUUGCUGUCAUCGCUGUGCAGCUCUUCAAGGGAAGGUUCUUCUACUGCACUGACAGCUCCAUGAACACGGAGAAGGAGUGCCAGGGCUACUAUAUCGACUACAGCAGAGACAAGAAGGAGGUGAAGAGACGAGAGUGGAAGAGACAUGAGUUUCACUAUGACAACGUCUGCUGGGCGCUACUCACACUCUUCACCGUCUCAACCGGAGAAGGAUGGCCUCAAGUCCUGCAGCACUCCACAGAUGUUACAGAGGAGAACAUGGGGCCGAGCCGAGGGAACCGGAUGGAGAUGUCUGUUUUCUACGUGGUGUACUUUGUGGUCUUCCCCUUCUUCUUUGUCAACAUCUUUGUUGCCUUAAUCAUCAUCACCUUCCAGGAGCAGGGUGAUAAGAUGAUUCAGGAGUGCAGCCUUGAGAAGAAUGAGAGGGCUUGCAUUGAUUUUGCCAUCAGUGCCAAACCAAUGACCCGCUACAUGCCUCAGAACAGACAGACCUUUCAGUACAGACUGUGGCACUUUGUGGCUUCGCCUUCCUUUGAGUACACGGUGCUCGUGAUGAUUGCUCUCAACACUGUGGUCCUCAUGAUGAAGUACCACUCAGCCCCGACAGCCUACGACACAGUGUUAAAGCACCUCAACACAGCCUUCACUGUCCUCUUCUCCUUGGAGUGUAUCCUAAAGAUCAUGGCGUUUGGUUUUGUGAACUACUUCCGAGAUACUUGGAAUAUUUUCGAUUUCAUCACCGUUCUUGGCAGCAUCACUGAGAUAAUUGUGGAUUUACAGUCGGUUAACACCAUCAACAUGAGUUUCCUGAAGCUUUUCCGAGCAGCCAGGUUGAUCAAGCUGCUAAGACAGGGGUACACCAUCCGAAUUCUCCUGUGGACGUUUGUACAAUCUUUUAAGGCUCUACCUUACGUCUGUCUGCUCAUUGCAAUGCUUUUCUUCAUAUACGCCAUCAUUGGAAUGCAGGUGUUUGGGAACAUCAAGCUCAAUGAUGAGAGCCACAUCAAUCAACACAACAACUUUAAGACUUUUUUUAGUGCACUGAUGCUGCUUUUCAGGAGUGCGACAGGGGAGUCCUGGCAGGAGAUCAUGCUUUCAUGUCUGUCGGGCCAAGAGUGUGAACCGGACCCCUCCAUCGCCCCCCUCACCAUGUCUCCAGACCACGAGGGCGGAUGUGGGACCGACUUUGCUUACUGCUACUUUGUCUCCUUCAUCUUCUUCAGUAGUUUCCUGAUGCUGAACCUGUUCGUGGCUGUGAUCAUGGAUAACUUUGAAUACCUGACCAGAGACUCCUCAAUCUUGGGUCCACACCACCUGGAUGAGUUUGUUCGCAUCUGGGGGGAGUAUGAUCGCCUGGCAUGUGGUCGCAUUCACUACACAGCCAUGUAUGAGAUGUUGACUCACAUGUCUCCACCCCUGGGCCUUGGGAAAAAAUGUCCAGCUAAGAUUGCCUAUAAGAGGUUGGUGUUGAUGAACAUGCCUGUGGAUGAGGAUAUGACCGUCCACUUCACCUCCACCCUGAUGUCGCUCAUCCGAACAGCUUUGGAAAUCAAAAUAGCACGAGGUGGGGAGGACCGUAUCGCCCUGGAUACUGAACUUCAAAAAGAGAUCAGUAUCAUUUGGCCUUACCUGCCACAGAAGACUUUAGAUCUACUGGUACCUAUCAACAAAGAUACGGACAUGACAGUGGGGAAGAUCUAUGCCUCCAUGAUGAUCAUGGACUACUUCAAACAGAACAAAGCCAAGAAGCUCAGGCAACAACUUGAAGCCCAGAAGAGUAACUUAAUGUUCAAGCGUCUAGAUGCCUCCACCCUCCCUGAGGACAUCCUGUCCAACACCCAGACUCUGCCAAUGAUGGCCCACAGUGCCGGCUCAGCCCUGACCAGAGGAGGUUUUGUGGCUUUGAGCCCCAUCUCACCACAGGAACUAUUUAUGCAGCCCAUGAGCUCAGACGUGGACGUCAGUCAACAGCAGAAUCUGAGCUCGGCAUUGCUGCUGUCUGUGCUCCCGUCUUUUAUUCCUGUGGAGGUGGGCGAGUGCAGUUUGGGGAUUGAAUCCCAACUGGAGGUUCCACUAGGGAGGGGUCUGUGUGUGCGGGCCUCUUCCAUGCCCCGCCUGGCUGUAGAUUUGCAGCAGACAGAGUCAGCAGGUGGCUCCAUGAAGCGUUCGGUGUCCACCGUGGGCGAUCAGCGGGUCAACGGUCUUUGGCAGGAGGAGAAGAGUCCUGAACGAGUUUAUCGACCUCGUCAUAAAAGCUACAAAGCUGCUGUUUCUCGUUCUGAGAAGAACUGGCAGAAGAGUGACAGAGAGCGCGGCAGGUCAAAGGAACGCUGCCACCUCCUCUCUCCUGGCGCUUCUCGCUGUAACUCAGAGGAAAGGAGCUUGCAGCCCUCACGAUCCUCUAGUGCAGAAAGAGCACAGCCCCAAGAUAAACAGGGCAACAGCUCAGACAGCCCGGUACCCUCCACCUCAGAAUCCAGCACCCCCAGUGGCCGACGACCAUUAUCCCAGACCCCAACCCAUUCUCGCCCUCACAUCACCUACUCCCCACUCGCAUGUCACACACACCCCUCUGUCGGUGAGGAUGGGGAUGAACAAGGCAGCCCAGAGACCAUGAGGCGGGGCAAGCUUACCUGGGAGACUGAAGAGGGGGUUUCUAACGAGAUCCGUAGUGAAGACCGCCACCCUUCCCCACCUCGACGCUACCCCUCCGAGCCAUUCUUGGCCUCUCAGGAUGACGACCACAGCCCAGACCCUUCUGGCCCCAUGGAGACGCUGACCUUCGAGGCCGCCGUGGCCUGCAGCCUGGGACGAUCAAAUACCGUCAGCUCUGCCCACCCUCGCUUGCGGACUGGCUGGCAGGUCCCAAAUGGACAUUUCCGGAAGCGUCUGGCGCAGACAACAUCUACGGCUGGCUGUGAUCCUCUCAGUGACACAGAGGAGGACGACAGGUGCUAGGGACAGGAAGGUCAGCAUGACAAUUAAUCCCAGAGAGGAGGUAGAGGACUCUUUCCAACCGAGUCAAGGUUAAUGUGACUCUUUCCACAUCCGUGCUUCGAGGCCAUGAGCCCUCUGAAUGUUUGGUCAAAUUUGGACUCAAAACAAAGGAUCAAAAAGAACAAUACUUCCUGAAACUGUAGUUGCCAAUUCACACUGAACACUGACAUUAAAGAAGGUCUAGUUCCUGACUUGUACUUGAUAAUAGAGAGUAAUAAUAUGUCUCAAAUAAUCAAGAGAUGCAGAAAAUAAGAGAAUGGAUCAAAGUGUCAUUUGUGUCAAUAGGUAUUUUCAUUUCUGAACAUGUUUCUAAAUGAUUCAGUGUUGCUCUAAACAGUAUUGCUGUGGGGUGUGUGAAUAUGUAACUACAUUUUCUUAUAAAUUUAUUGUUUUGUAAAUAAUUGUGAUCAUCAAACCAUUGCCACUGAUAAAACAGGAUCAAUACAACAAGCCAUGCUGAUGAGGCGAUCUGAUAUUUUACCAGACAAUGUGGAUACUAAUAAGUAACACUCAAUAAUGCUGGAUUUUUUUACAGUAUGAAUGAAUGUGCAGGGGAAUAAACUGCCUGAUUUUCCCCAUAUUUUUUCUUUUGGUAUUGAGCAUAAUAAGUUGUGAGAUAUGAAUACAGUUAUAGAAUAACAUAGAAAAGAUGCUUAUUUGUUAUUUCACCCUACAUUCUUGUUAAAUCAUCCCUCCAACAUACCUUUAAUAUUUUAAAUUCUUCUUCAAUACAGCCUGUUUAUUUAAUUUCUCAGUAUGCACCCUUUAAAAUAGAAUUUUUAAACAAGCAUACUAAACAUUUGAUUUUGAGAAAUAGUAGGCGUGUCAUUUUUACCAUCAACUGAAAAGAAAAUGAUCUCAUCUAUUUUCACCUUUUUCUUCCUUGUGAAUAAAAUUCAACACUGCAGACAAUGACUGUAGAAACACUGCAGACAAUCCAUGACACAUUUUGCUUCACAAAUUAACAUAACUCUAUUACUUACUAAUAAUGUACAGAGAAUUUAUGCUGUUUGUAACAUUAAGAAGAAAAAAUAUCAACAGUAUCAGCUGAUGAGCUUUAAAGGUAAAGGAAUCUUUGGAAAUGUUCAUUUUAAGUUAUGUGUUUUUGUUUUAUUUGCCUGAACAAGGCUGAUUCUGUGAAACUCACUUAACCAAAAAAGAAAAAACAUGCAGAUUUGUAUCACAAGUUCCUGGAAUGCAAAUACUUUGUGGGUUUUUAUGUGUACAAUAGCUGUAUAUAAAAAUAAAG